AGGAUUGGAGCAAUUUCUCAUAGAACCCUAAAGUAGUAAGGUUUGGUUUCCCAGUGGGGUCAUCUACAGAGAGCCAUGGUGUGCAUUCGGAAGGCGACGAUCGACGACCUGCUGGCAAUGCAGGCCUGCAACCUGUUGUGCUUGCCGGAGAACUACCAGAUGAAGUACUACAUCUACCACAUCCUCUCAUGGCCGCAGCUGCUAUAUGUGGCGGAGGACUACAACGGCAAAAUCGUCGGCUAUGUGCUGGCCAAGAUGGAUGAGGAGGCCACCGAGUGCCAUGGCCACAUUACCUCUCUCGCCGUCCUCCGCACUCAUCGGAAACUCGGCCUUGCCACCAAGCUUAUGACUGCUGCGCAGAACGCUAUGGAACAGGUCUUUGGGGCAGAAUAUGUGUCAUUGCAUGUAAGGAAAAGUAACAGGGCAGCAUUUAAGUUGUACACUGAGACAUUAGGAUACAAGAUUCAUGAUUUAGAGGCGAAGUACUAUGCAGAUGGUGAAGAUGCUUAUGAUAUGAGGAAGCAAUUGAAGGGUAAGAAGCAUCAUCAGCAGCACCAGCACCAGCACCACCACCACCACAGUGGAGGGUGUUGCUCCGGGGAAGUGAGAACUGAAGGAAAGGAUGGUGUGGCAGAAGAAAAGGCACACUCAUAGGCAACUGUGCGUUCCAUGGUGCAUUCCAUCACUCUUUCUCACUAUACAUAAACUAUUGUGCUUUGAAGGAGCUGACAUCUUGUUACCAUAUGAAAACAUUGUUCUUAAGAAUUGACACUUUGUUUUCUCUGCUAAUACUGAGAUCUUCUCUUGCACUCUUGAAUCUCUAAUUA